CUCGUUCCACACUUCUGUUCUCCUCCUCCUCCUCCUCCUCCUCUCUCUCUCACAUUUCUUUCUCUCUCUUCAUCGCUGCCGUUCGUCGCCGCGAGAUCAAUGGCGUCCACGGCGCGCAAAGGCGGGGUCUCCCUCCCCGACAAGCGGAACCCUAGGGGUGGCGCCGGCGCUGGCGCCGCCGGGAGCGGCAUCGUCUCCAGAAUCUCGGAGUCGCCGAUCGUCGCCCGGGGGAAGCGGGCGGCCGGCGACGCGGCGUUCGUGACGAAGAAGCUCCUGAAGAGCACGGGGAAGGCGGCCUGGAUCGCCGGCACGACCUUCCUCGUCCUCGUCGUCCCCCUCAUCAUCGAGAUGGACCGCGAGCAGCAGCUCAACGAGCUCGAUCUCCAGCAGGCCAGCCUCCUCGGCACCCCUGCCGUCGGGCAGAAAUGAAAGGGCGCGGUAACGGCUCCGGCCCCCUCUUAGAUUGGUUGCUGGUGUGAAUUUGGUGCGCUUCCCGGCUGGGAUUUCUAGCUACCGCUUCCUUUUUUUUUUCGAUAUAGAUGUAGUCGUAGCCAUUGGACAAUGGUCAUCUGAAUCAAUGUAAUUUCUGGAAUUUUGUUAGUUCAAUAUGAACUCGAGAUGAGAUUUGGCGAUUAUAUUAUGUCUGUUGAAGUGGUAUGGUCUCUUUGGUUUUCGUUUUUC